AUGAUUGCGCUUCUACUAUUGUUUGGCUUUGUCAACCAAUCACUCGCCCAGUCCAAUUCAACGGCCCUGGAAGGCUGGCAGUUGGAUGACAACACACGCUCAAGUUGGGAUAUUUUCUGGACUUGUGUUUCAACAAUCCUUGCUUGCACAUGGACAGCCCUGCACAUUUCUGUCCCAACCCGUACUGAAACACAAGCAGUAUUUCUUUGGUGGAAGGCAGCGGCAUGGGUAGGCACGAUACUUGCUCCAGAGUUCAUGGCUGGAACUGCAGCCGAAGAACUAUGGCAGGCAAGGUCUGCAGCGGCACGCUGUAAUGAUGCUUUCCGCAUAGUAAACAGCGAAGGAGGUGACUCAGGCUCCUCGGAAGUUCCAAAAACACCAAAGACGGAAGAAUUUGAUGGUCGUUGGGGCACUGUCCAGGGGUUUUGCCUUGGUAUGAAUGGUGUUCUCCUUCAGACCAAGGAUGAUUGGACAUAUCCAGUGCACUGUAGCAACGUUGUUGCUUUGAUCAAAACACGCGUUAUCAAGCCAUCUCAUUUGAGGACUACAGACAUCCAAGACCGUGCCAAAGCUGACUCCUUUGCCAAAGGAUUUAGUCUGCUCCAAGCCUUCUGGGUGACUUGCAACGUUAUCGCCAGAAGAGCAUAUAACAUGCCCAUCACAGCUCUCGAGAUUGCGACAGUGGCUUAUAUCUCUUGUGCCGCCGCUACCUAUGUAAUCUGGUGGAAUAAACCGAAAGAUAUGGUAACACCAAUCACGAUUUAUCUACCAUACGAUCGCGAUUCUGAGAGUCUACCGCCUCAAGUCAGAGAUAUCCUAGACGCACAAGUUGAGAACUGGGUCCACUCGGAUGCUAUCGCUAGAGACACUGAAUCUCCGGUAUGGCAAAUAAUUGUCACAACUUUCCGUUUCCAACUUCAUCUGUUAUCAGUUAUUUGUGCACCUUGGUCAUGGAAUAGGAACUGGGAAGUGCUGAAAGAUAAGCUGGAAGUCAGAAUACGAAAUGCAACAGCCAAGCCCUCUGAUGCCAGCAAUGGUAGCCACCAAGAUGAGGAAAGUCCCCGGCAAUCUGAAGAACCAUCUCAUGCCAACCCUGGUAGCCAUAUAGACAGAAAACUUUGCGAUGAGCCAGAACCAGAACCGGUCAAUAUCAAUGGUGACUAUCAGGAUGAAGAAAUUCCUCAUGGUGUCAUAGCAGCAUCAGGGCCCCAACAACCAAGCAAUGAGCCAAAAGUUGACGGAAUAUUGGCCAGAAAGGAAACUUCCCAAGGAAAAGAACUAUCGAGGAAACCCUCUGAAGCCAGCAGAAAUGGCCACCGAGAGUUGGAAACUCUCCAGAAAACCCAUAAGGAAACCGAGCUAGAAUCCAAGACACAAAAAAUGAAAGAUUCAAUGGAAGACGACGAAAAGUUGACGAUCAUGGAAUGGACCAAUAUCACUCAUUUCUACAUGUUUAGCGGGCUGGUAUUUUGCGGAAUACAUGUUGCUGCAUGGAACUCUACCUUCCCAACGCAGGCGGAGCAGAUAGUGUGGCGAGUGUUCUCGCUAGUUGCACUCUUCAUCACCUGGCCUCUGUACUUAAGAUACCUUUGGUCAUUCCAUUGCCUCCGGCGUACAUUAGACGACAAGGAGGAGCGUGUCUCAAGUGCUAGUUGGUCAAAGCCAUCUGACCUGUUUUGGAAUUUGAUGUGGUUUUGCUGUUAUGCCACUGCACGCUGGGGAAGUGUCAUCCUGAUGUUUAUAUCCCUCCGGGCAUUGCCUGCUGGCUCUUAUAUCACUGUGGAUUGGUUAUCAUCAAUUCCCCACAUCUGA